GAAACAAGCAAAGCGCGGAGAAGGAGUGCUCAACAAACUCCGAGGAAAGGGAGCGUGGAUUUAUUACUCUAGUGGAAGGGUGCGUGUCCACUUGAUAUUGAUAUACAAAGUUUGUUGAAGUGUGUUAAUGUCCUGGACGGGAAGUGAUGGUAGUGUUCAGUGCAUGUUUUAAACUUUGAUGCACGCUUCAAUUUCAGCUAUUGUGCAAUUGUUUGGAUCGCGCACUCGUCUGUUCCGUUAUAGGAACACAGAAUUCGGUUUUUACGUGAAAUUUCGUUUGUCAAUUUAGACUAAUUGUGUGGAGUUAGAAGAGCAGGGUAACCUGGCAUGGUACAGUUUUGUCACGUGGUCGUUGUAGUAGUAACUCGAGUAUUUUCGCGGUUAAACUAAUCGUAUUAACGCGUAAAGAUUCAAAUACGUGCGUCGCAAGCUUCCCGUAACCACCCUCAGUGAGACUCCGGGUUUGCAGGGAAGCAAGUUUCUGUCCAGCGCUGGAGUCACCGGAUUCUUUCUCAGCUGGGUAACAGUGCAAAAGUGCAUGACUUCAUCCAUCGUUUUAUUUUUGUGUGUGUGCAUGUGUGUAGGUCACCUCCACAUUGUCACCCUGAUCUGAGCUGAGUCAAACAGCAACAAGCACCUGCAGGGCCCCAUCAGUGGCCCAAACCCCACUCCUGCAGUAUGGGCAAUUUUAUCGGCAAGAACGGCCAGAGACCCACAGGUAGGUCUGCACAUACACAUCCAUGAGGCUGCAGUUUGUUUUUUAAGCCACUGCUUGCUUGUCUUGAUCUUGUCCCUCAGGACCCAUCAUGUCUGCUUUUGAAAUGGUUUUCCAAUGCGUUUAGCUGUACACACAGAGGUAUGAAAGUGUGUGUGUAUUUGUGUGUGGGGUGGCUUUAUGGCUUGAUAGUGGGGUUGCCUAAUUGUGGAAUUUUCAAAGUUGGAAACUUUCCAUGGGAAUUAAUGAGAAUGAAACUGAAACUUACGAAAUUUAAGGUUGGCCCUCAACAGGGAACUGAAAUAUAGUUGGGGAAAAUAUAUUGUUGGCUAAAACAACCAGAUUUAUUGCAAGUACACUCCUUCAUCACAUGCACACAGCACAUUGCAGGGCUAUUGAGGCCACACCCCCUACAUGCACUAUGCAUUCCUCCAUCACAUGCACAGAUGAUUUCUUGAACCCUGGAGGCCACACUUUUGAGCCCAGAGCACAAGAAAUUUAAGCCCAUAGACUAUAUAAAGUCAAGUAAUUCUGAUAAUAUUAUGGAGUAAAUAUAUUUGAUCUAUAAUAGUAUUCAUGUUAACUUGCAAAAAAGGUGCUAAAUGUAAGGUAUCUUUCAAUUCAUUGACCAUUUAAGGGGCUAGCUUAUUAUGGUGGUGGUAGCUACCUCAAAUGUGAUGCUGUUUCUUCUGACUCCUGCAAGAUGGUUUUCUGUAACCAUAUAUUAAUUUAUACAUCAAUUGUCAAUUAUUUUGAAGACCAUUCCAAUUGUUUAGCCAACUAUAUUUCUAUUCAUGCCAUUGCAUGAAUGUUUUUACAAGCUUUUUUGUUAUUUUAGUCUACAGAUUUUUUGCCAUGUUUGCCAUCUGAUGUGUGGAAGCAUUUCACACAAGCUAAUGUCUGCUUAUGACAAAACAAAAAUAUUAACAUUUAUGUUUAGAUAUGAUGCAGUUUGUUUAAAUUACAUCCAAUUAACCUCCAGUUAAUUUCCAUAAAUUCCCAAUAAUUCCCAUAAAUUCCCAUGGAAAGUUUCCAAUUUGGAAUAUAUUCAAAAUUCCCCAGCUUAACUUCCCAUGGAAAGUUUCUGGAAAUUUACGAAAAAUUUUCCGCCCCUUUGCAACCCUAUUUGAUAGUAAGGCACCUUCAAGUUGUGAGACAUAUAGUGCCAGGAAGGUUGUGUAGGUGGAAAAGGAGAAGAACUGUGCAAGAGCUUGGAUGCUGAAGACUAAAAGGGAGGUGGAUAAGAAGCAAUCAGGAAAUUGAAGGCAUCAAAAGGAGAAGCAUGCAUACAGUUUGUGUGUGUGUUUGUGUCUGUAUGUGUGUGGCAGCAGGAAUCUUGGCAGCCCUCCUGCAUGUUGCUCAGUGAGUGGUCAUUCUCCUCGUGUCCCCCCUGUGAUUCGCUCUGGCCUCGCUGUAACAGCUGUGAUGAAUCGGCAGAAUUCCCUGGAUCAGCACAAGGGCAGUGGAUUAAUCAUAGAGGGCCUAAUGCUAUCUGACACACACAGACCUCAGAGAGCACACACACACACACACACACACUCUCAUUCAGUCAGGCUGCCAGCCAUACACACGGUCGGACGAGCACAUUAAGAUUUGGAAUGAAGAAAUAAAAAGCAGGGCUGGCAUGAGAAAGUUACUAGACAAUCCUGUCAUUCUUUCUCAAUGAAUCCACCACACAGCAGGUGGUGCUUAGCUUUGAGAAUGCUCAACCUCUACUCUUGUAUCACUCUUAAAAAAAUACAAUUUAUAAUUCUAUUUAUCAUAAUUUAUAAUAGCAGUGACUCUUUUAUUUAAACAAGGACAGAGGGGAUGAAAUGGAGACAGAGACAGAGCGAAGACGUACAAAUAAUUCCUUUUUUUUGUCUGAGUGUGUGUAUGUGUGUGAAGUUUGCAUCUCUACUUGGAGCCAACUACUAAAAUCUGAUCUAUGUACCGGAACAUUUGUUCUCUGUGUAUGUCUGUGUUUCUGAAUGGAGAGAAUGAUUGUUUCAACAACAUUGUGGCUGAGAAGCACAUGAGGAAUGUCUAUUAAAGCAUUCAUCUUCAGCUGCCAGGCCUGGGUGUUUCUGUUUUAAUGAGAGCCGUGCUGCUCUGGUCACCUCAAUGAAUGGUGCUGUUAAUGUCAACAUGCCUGAACCAGUGACCAUUGAAAGUCUUUCUUAUACAGGUCCGCCCUAUUCCUUUCUGUUUCGCCUCAAUCAAUUGUAGCUUUAACAUAAUUAGGUCUCCCUGUACUCUCUUUAAAAAUAGACCACAAACAUAUCAAGCAGCUGAAAUUUUAUAUCAAGCCAGAAACAGUUUUAAAGAACUGAAAAUCAAUUGUGCCUCAAGGUUAUCAAUUCUGCUUACCAGUCUUGCUGAUGUACCAAUAAAUUUAGAGUGGAGCGAAGGACAUAGAUGCUGCAGUAAAAUCUGUUUAGAAAUCUGCAGGAGAAGAAAACAGUUAGCUAAUAAACAAAGUGAAUUAAAGAGACAGAGGGGGUAUACCUGAGUACUCUGUAAAAACAUGCUGAGAGUGUGUCAACUGGGGAUGACAAAUGAAAGUGUCAAAAGACCAAAAUCUAGUCAAGGAUGCAGAUAACACAAGUGUGAUGUGUCUUAAAUGAGUCUUGAGGACUAUUAACCAUUUGUAGUUUCUCCUUUUUAUUUUUGAAUUCCUUUUAGGGGCUCAUGGGGCGAGUUUCCACACCCCUCCUGAUUCUCCACUAAGUGAAGAGCCUCCCUCCAUACCUGAUGUCACCCAACUUAUUCCUGCCACCCCAUCCCAACCCUCUCCUGCAGUCCUAAUAGCAUCACCAUCUCCGGGCCCUAGCCUCACACCCAGCUCGAAGAAACCGGAGUCCAGCACCACCCCUAUGACUCCCCGUCCUCGUCCUGAAUGGAGGCCUUACCCACCACUCAGCUCACAUAGCACCACCAUUGGCGGUUCUGGAGUUAACUCACAGCAUAACAAUCCAGGAACUACUGCUUUCAAAAGACAAACUUCUUUUGGCAGGAAUGGGGGAUCUCUUACCUCCACUCCUCUGUCUACAGUCUCUCAGGGGAAGACUAUGACUGUCAGCCCCACAAGGACUCCCUCCUCUGCAUGUAGUGCCUCGCCUGUGGUGGGGAACUCUUCAGGGAGAAACUGGAGGGAAAGGGACAGUGGUCUGAGUGAAUUUUCACUGCCUUCUCAUGAAGGAUCAGACAGCCGGAAGGACGAAGUGGAAAGACUUCUGGAGGAGUGUAGGACAACUCUGGGUAUCACUGCUGGUGAAGACGGGGCCACGAAUCCAACAGGUAAGCUUCCUAUUGGUAUUAAAGAGUUUUAUACUUUAAUACGUUAUAGUUAGGCCGACAGCGUUUUAAUUUAGGCAGUAAAACGUGUCUUGUCACCAUGAGCCUAAAAUUUUGUUGUUUCGAUGGGGCGUAAUCUUAUUUCCCUGACGUUUUUUUAACAUAUCUGAUAUGGAUGUGUUAUGCUCUGGCAUUUCUGUUUCUCUCCCUUAGAGAUACUGAAACAACUUCUGACAGAAGUGAAGAACCUGAGGAGUACAUUACAGGUAAGAUUUUCCAAAGCGCUUUAAAUAUUUAUAUUUCUAAAUGUGACUUUUUAACUGCUUGUGUGCUUCUUGUUAUACUAAGGACAACUGCUGAAAUACAAAACCCUUCCCUAAAACAUUCUAGUCCAGUCAUACUGAUGGAUGAUUCAAAACUAAUCAUGAUAGUACCAGAAGUUUAGAAAUCUUUUAUUGAAGUUGGGCAAAGUUUGGAAGUAAGAAAUAAGUUAGUAAGCAAAAGUUGUUGUUUUUUAACCUCCUUUAGUUAACUUUUUUUAAACUUAAUAUUUGGUACUCAUGGCUAAUACUGGUGAUACUUGUUUGGAAAAGGCAUUUCCUUGUGCAUUACUCCUUAUGUGCUUUUAUUUUGCAUUAUGAGCUACUUCCUGGAAGUUACAGGUCUGAAUGAAAUGGUUACAAUAAUAGUAAGAAAGUACAAGGUUGAUAAGUAAAUCAAAGAAGAACAGGCGUUAACGUUUUUUGGACUCGCUGUGAGUCUUUGAAUAUCAGUUUUGUUAGUGGUCAAAUCCUUACUCAGAGAGCUGCUACAAGCUUGCUUGCUAGCAGCAGCUGCUGUGUCUUCUUUCCCUGUCCAUUAAGGAAAGGACCACUGCCAUGACCUUGCAAUAUUACUGUUUCCUUUUACAAGUGUGUUCCAUUUAUUUGCUUCCACAACGAGCUAGUUCUUCGUCGAGUCACAUCUUUAUAACAGGAGGUGAAGGUGCUUAUAGUCUUCACUCUGAAAAACUGGGCCCUUUUCAUUCAAAGACGUACCGAAAAUCAGCACAAACCAAACAAAACUGCAUUUAGUGUUUGUUUGGCAUUUCUUCUCUAAGUACAGCUUCUUUCUGUUAGAGUUUUGAUUUUGAGUUUCAAAGCCGUUUUAAAUAGAAAGGUGGAUAACUUUAGCAACAUAAACAGGAUCGUACACACUUCAGUAAGUCCGACUGGUCCUUUUGACCUUUCCAUCAGAAGAUAACACCAAAACACACCCUGCCCCUGCACCCCCAGCCCCACCCCUCAGAGACCUUGGAGUGGGCCUCACUUGGAGCUGCAGCUUUACUAAUUAAGGUCUUCCUGUGCUCUGCUUCUUCUGAGGGGGCUGAAGGAGGAAAAAUCACUGAGAUCAUCUUCUCUUGAUGUUUCUUGUUGCUCAUAUAUGUGGGGGUGGUUAGUCAUAGAUGAACCUCUCUGUUGCCCCAACUAAAAAGAUAAGAAAUGAAACAUCAUGGAUGCCCAGUAAAGCUUCACACACAUUUUUGUUUCUCUUCUUUUGACAAUAAGGAAACAAUGCUGGACUACUAUUUAACUUUUGUCAGGUAUACUAUCAGGAAGAACUUGACAAAAUCCUCUUCACUCGUCUUGUCUGGGUGUUUCAUGCUCUUAUGAAGAUGGUGAUAUGCUGUGGUAAUUUCCUGUCAGUUGGGCUUUCCAAUUCCUGACCCUCCCUUAUGAGGGUUGUAGCCAGAGGCUCCCAGUUUCCUCUAGAUCUGCCACAGAUUACAAGGGCUGGGACAUGACACACAGCAAGCCUUACUCAAUCCUGUUUUUUCCCUUUUUUUCUCUCUGUUGUGACUAAUGUACAGACUAUUACACUUUUAUUAUGAAGUGGAAUUUAAAUCACCUCGGUUAUUAUCACAAGCUUUUACGAACACCGGCGCUUGUGCACAUGUAGUGUCACUUUUUUUCUCUACUUGAUAUUCGGUGCCUGCUCCCUCUUCCUUCUCUCUCUCUCUCUCUCCUACAUUGUCCCUCAUCCUUACAAGCAACGUGGAAAUAAAACCCUUGUACAGGCCAGCUAAACUGCCCUGAGUCUGUGCUAUAGCUCUGUGAUACAGUUGUGUAUUAGAAGUCAGGGCAAUCCAGCAGAGUGUUUACAUGGGCCCUCGGUAGAGCAAUUUAAGCUAGCAAAGCUCAACUUUAUGAACCCACUCUGUCUGCUCUGCUGUCCUGGGAGCUUUUUUUUUGUGGAGAGCCAGAACAGGGGAGUGCAGUGCGGAGGAGGGGGUUCACAUUCGGCUGUUCAGGAGACAGAAGUUUUUUUGUUACGUGCUGUGUGACGAGGUGGGAUGGAGGGGGCUGCAGCUCCCAGUCAGUAACUGGCUGUGUGUUUUUGUGUGUGUCCUGCACGUGAGACAAAACCCUCACAAACAAGUACUUUUACACUGGAAGUCUUGGCCUGUGUGAUUUGUAGGAAGGCUGCUUUUUUUUGUUCCCUUGCUGUGCCUCUCUCUUUUCUUCCUUCCCUCAUUCUGUCUCCAUCACAGAGCUGACUAUCCCCCCCUCCCCAUCCCUUUUACAAGAACCCAAAACAAUUACCCUCCAACUUUUUCUGCUCUCUAUCUCAUCCUCUUAUCCUCUAUCCCUCCUUCAGCCAUCUUUUCAUAUGACCCCAACUUGCUUAAGCCUUUUUCUUCUGCUCUGACCUUUUGUUUCUUUGACCUCUUUUUUUUUCCACCUUAUUUUAGAAGCCAUCAUUCUUCCAGACACAUUGUUUCUGCUCUAAGCCUUUUCUCCGCACCACCUCAUCCGUCUUCAUCCAAAUGCUCCUGUCUCUCCGUCUGCAACAAUAAUACCAUAUUUACAAUGUGCUGCAGUGAAACUCCACUCUGAGAAAAAGACACAUGAUUACACAAUGUGCAGUGAAGUACCAGGAAUUUCAUCCAAUGUACCAUCUGUCUGUGCUUAUGCACACCACCGGCCCUCAAGUGUUUUAACCAACAAAUAUGAAAACACUCCAUUCAUGGUGAGGAAGUGGGUGUCUGUGGGGGUUGCUCAGUUUUUGUGUUCCCUUCUGGAGAUUUAGUCAGUCAUGAAGCUGCUUUGGAAUCAGUUCCAGGUGAGCACUGCUGGAGCUUUCCAAGAAUGAUUUUUGAGGUUUCCUUUUUCUGUCUUUGCUGCUUGAAGAGCUAGAACUCCAAAACGGCCUUGCACCCCGAGGACAGGCUGUUAAAAUUCAGAUUUGUUUUAGUGACUUGUAAUGGCUGGUGUGCAUGCUGUGUCCAGACUUUACCUCCGUGUUGAUGUCCUAGAAUAUUCAGAAGUGUCUAACAAGUUAUCUUUAUGUGCCAGACAGGGGGCAUAUGGCUGUUUGGUACCUGUUUGUGACUGCUAUUGAAGGACUGAAUGUCCCUUAAUAGGUGUAACAUUUAUUCACACACUUUUGAAUCGUCACUCCAGGCUGUGUAACGAUGAAGAAAAAGCCAUUUCUGAGUUGAGAUGUUUCCCCAAGUAUGUAUUAGGAAAACUGGGUGUGUUGAGUUGAGCUAGGGACAGAUGGUUGAAACACACACUCACACAAACUUGGACAUUAGACAAAAUUUCCUCUGGACUGGUGCUGGACCCUUUCCAGGAAUGUCAGGGACUCAGAUGUGCAUCACUAGUGAAGACAAGUGUAUCUGUGUGUGUUCCUGUGAAUGCUGGAUACCACAUCUGGUCAUGCAGUGGGGCACUGGGUCAGCUCUUGAGGGAGUACAUGAGUGUGUGUGUGUCUUAAGACUGACAGCCCACACCCUUAUCUCAGUGUGAAAUGAGGAGCACCCCUUCCUGUUUCCUUAAACAGACAUGCUCUAGUUGGAGAGUCUCUGUCUAGAUAACAAAAGCUUUGUGAUGACAAGAUCCUUCAAAUCCAAGUGUGUCUUAUUAUAGAAAGUCUUCAAAAAAGAGACUGUUACCCUGCAGUUUAUUUGACAAAUACUAGCAGCGUGGGAGCAAUCCAACUCGAAUGUAAAAGGAAGCUGAACAAUGUGGUUUGGUGGUGAGGUAAGAUAAUAAUGGGAGAGCAUGAGUGGGAGUGAAGAAUGAAAUAGGAUAUAUGUGUGUGUAUGAGUCUGUGUGUGUGUGUGUGUGCAUGAACUGUAAUCAGGUCCAGCUGUGGUCUUGAGUCACUGGUCAAAUAAGAGCGACUUGGCUCAGACACGUCCUCCUCCUCCUCCACAUCUCUAUCCAUUCUUCAUCCCAUUACCCACCCUCCCACUUUGCUGCAUUUCCUCACAUAACUCUGCUUCUCAUUGCUCAACAAUUGAGACCAAAUUUUGCAAGACUUUGACCACUUUUGUUGUCUUUUCAGUCUCUUAAGUUUAUGGUUUCUCAACAUUUUCAGUGAUCUGGUAGAGUUAUCAAAAGAUUUCAUUUUUUGAUGUCUAGUGAGGUGUUUGUCUCUCACACUUUUUUUUUUUUACAUCGUUGUUUCUAAAAGAUAGGAGACUGAAAACUUGCCAAGGUAAGGUUUUCCUCUGACCAUGCUGUUAGUUUCUAGGUAACCACCAAAAAGGAUAAAAAAAAUCUUUCGUCAAUAGCGAAAGUUUUGACGACAUAGAGGACCGUUUCACAAUGCAACCCUGACCUUGUUCCAAAACAAAUCUUGAAUCAUUUUUCUUCUAUGUCCAAACUUGUGAGACAUCUAUUUUCUGUUAUAAAAGGAACAGUUUCCCUUUCAGUUCACAUGAAAAGACCUGCAGAAAGAUUCAGAGGAAAACCUUUCACAAUUCAUUUAUGCCUCAUUAGAUGAAGCUUGUCAGCUUGUCGUCUGUGUCUGCUGAGGCUUGUUGUGCAGUUCAGUUCGACUUAUAUUCUCCUUAUGAGGGCCAAGUGUAUAAUACAUUGUUUAUUUGAUAAUUACUGGGGUACGCAAGGGGUUCAGGUGUGUUUGUUUUGGCAUUUAUGUUCUAUUUGUUUUUUCAAAUGCUAAACUUUGUUUUGUAUUCUUCACACUGUAAUUAUGCUGGUCUAAGUGUUCAUGCAUGAGUCAGUUGUUUACACAGGGAUAACAAAAGAGGCUGAAUGUAUUUAUAUGAGCCACAUCAGCUGCUCAGGAUGAACUGAAAAAUGUUGGUGAUCCAAGUACAAAUAAAAUGAAUUUAUAUCUGUAUUUGCUGAGCGUAAUGGGCCCUGACAUUUUCCAUGUGGACCAUUUUUAUCCUUUUUAAAGCUUUUUCCGAGGAGUGCAUUAAAUCAGUCAUACCCCUCUGAAUUCAUUCUGGGUUUGAUCCUGACAUUUGAAAAAGACAGAUGAGGAAGCGAGAUGAAAGAUUUACAUCCCUACACAGCUUUCUUAUCAAAUCAGACCCCACUGUUGUUGGACGGCUGUUAAAUCUUUUAUGUCUGGCUGAUCAGGUAUAAGCUCUUUGACUCUCUGAUUCUCCUGCAAAGUUCUCUCAAAUAGCAGUGUUUUUUUGGCUGACUUGGUUAACUGCACUCACUGUGAACCCUGCCUUAAACUUGUUCUCAGUGUCAGCAACUCGACACUUUGAAUCUACAAACUGGUUGCAACUUAUUCAUGUCACUAGAUAUUAAAUAUUGGCUUUGAUUUAAAGACAAUCAUUAUCAUUAUAUCCAAAUCCCACCUUGCCAUCCAGAGCUUAAACUGUCAUGAAAUGCCCUAUUUUGAUAUUCUGCAUGUGUUGCACUGUGCAUUUCCUCCAAACUGUCUUGAAAUUGAGAUGAUGUUUAGUUUUGUUGUGAAAAUGUCAGUAAUGUUAAGUAAGUACUCCUCACAAACAUCUGUUUUUCUUCCCAGAAGGAGCGUAGAGAAUGGUGGCAGUUUCAGGCUGACCUACAGGUGGCAGUGGUCGUGGCAGAGCGUUUCAGAGUGGAGGCAGAAGAGAAACUGACAGCACUCCGAGCGGUGCACCAAGAUGUGGAAAGAGAGCUCACAGCUGCCCAGCAGAGACUGAAGGAGGCUGACACACAACUGGUCACCCUUAGAGGGGAGUUAAAGGAGGACAGACAGAGACUGACAAAUCCCACACAGGGUCCAAGUCAGGAACCAGAGAGGCCAAAUAGACCAAUCAAUGAACUGUCAAACAGCUCUGAAAUUCAAGAAGGGAUCCAGAGGGGCAGAGACAGGGAGAUUUACAAACUGGGACGAGAAGAGAUGGAGAAUAGGAAUCUGAAUGAGUCGACAAAGAAUGUUGUGAGUGAGGAGGUCAGACGAGACUGUAAGAGUGUGACCAGUGAAUAUCGGACUGGGGAAGAGGUGCAGUCCAGCGACGCACAAAGGAGCGUAACCAAUGAGAGGUCAAGGUGAGUUAAUGUUGCCUUUUUUUUUUCUUUGGUAAUGCGAAAAGAUAACCAAAUUCAGUAAGGCCAUUUAUGAUGCUUUCAUCAACCAACAGACCUUUUACAGAGCUACUAAAGGAUAGUUCUGAUGUUUUAUCAUAUUACUCCUUGAGUUAAAUGAAAAGUGCUGUAAAUAAAUACAGCUGUUUCUCUCUCUCACAUUGCUUGCAGAAGUCCUGCCAGAUUACCUCCUCCCUCAGACCCCCCCACGAUCCAAAAUGGAACCUCCCAGACCAAUACAGCCUCAACAUUUGCACCAACAAACAAGGUGAUAUAUUCUGAAUUGCUGGAUGAUUAUUCAUUAUGUGUACUUGGCUGCCUGAGCUGGCUUUAUAGAUGGGCAUUUUAACAGGUGUCUCUUUCUGUCAAUGCAGUUAGUUGGCAUUAAUAGGCUGUCUCACUGUGCAUGAUCAAAUUGAUUACUAAAUUAAUCCUUUUAGAAAUAAGGUUUAUUAGGCAUGUAAGGCUAUUGGAGCAUAUGUCCAAUAGUGUUUCUAUGGAAUUCUGUGCACAGUGUGCAGUUAAAUGGAUUGGCAAAUAAUCUGCCCUGAGACUCGUGAGUGAUAUACUGAGUUGAGGAAUCCUUUCAGCACUCAUGUCUCAAAGUAAUUUUUAAUAUGAGUUGGUGCCAUAGAAAUAGGAAUUGAUUUAUUGUUGGCAAGAAAUCACGAGUUUGUCGUUCAAGAUUUUGCCUGUUUUUGUAAAAUCAGUCUGGUUUGUCUAACAGAAUGCUGGGCCACUAAGAGGCCGAAGAAGUCUGGGAUGUCAGGACAGCAAAUCAAAUACUGACACAGGUGUGUUAUGAAAUAGAAAUAUGCGAACAGAGACCGUUAAAAAGUAAAAAUGUGUUAACAAUAAGAUGAUUUUAAACACUAAAUUGUACUGCAUGUUUACUACAAAAUUUAAAAAAAACAGUUUCAACUAAAUUUAAUGUAAGCGUCUCUCAGCUUGUAGUUUAGCUACCUAGCCUUGAACUUUACUGUUGAUAUGUUAAAUCAUAUUUUAUAAGAGCUGUUCCUUAAUGAGAACAUUGUUUGAGUUCAGGCCCUGACAGUCAAUUUAGUUCACUGAACCCAAAAUAUCUCCCUACAGGCUGUGAAUGUGCAUGAAUUUUAUGAUCGGUACUUACGGGCAGAUUUCUGCUAUGUUAAGUGUGCUGUUUUGCUCAGCAAGAAAGAGCUAGGUAACUACAAAUGUGCAUAACCUCGGGGUUAGCAUGUCUGAAAGCAUUUUGUUAUAACAGCUUCAUUUAUUAUUGUUUCACUUUUCAGGAAAGCGUGAGGAAUCUCUAAACAAGUAUAACUCCAGCAUCACAGAGCUGCUUCCCACCAAGUGAGUCCACACACAUGCACACAGACCCACUCACACACACAGACCCACUGUAUCCAAAAAGAAGAAGAACUUUCUUGAUCCCUGAAGGGAAAUUCAAUUGUCUGUUGUCUCAUGUAAUAUGUCUAUAAAAGUUAUCUAUUAUUUACAUAAGAGCUAUAAAGCCUGAUGGCUGUUGGUACAAAAUAUUUUCUAAAUCUUUCUGUCCUGCAGCGAAGAGAGAGGAGCCGUCCAUAACCAUUGGCCCUUUGGUCCAUCAAGGUGUUGUGAAGUUGGUGAUCCAUGUUCUUGAGAAUAGUCUCCACCUUCCUCAGUGUAGAUCCACCUCUGCACCAGCAAGGCAACCACGAUAACGCCUCCUGAUGUCCUCUGGAAUUGCAUGUUGUUGUCCAGAUUUGCUUUUCCUCAAUGAAAGGAGCUCUUCUCUUGAGUAAACUCUCCGCCCUGCAGAAGUAUCCAUCAGCAGCUAACAAAAUUACAACAAAAAUAUGAAAAAAAUCUAGCAUAAAUUACAAAAAUUACAGAUAAUACAGAGAGACUAGACUUGCAGUAACCUCUCGGUUCAAGCGCAUCAUUUGACGUUGCAGUUGCUUCAGCCUGUUAUCUAAGUACACCCUUUGACCUGAGUGCAUUUGUCUGGUGACCGCAGAGGUGACAAAAUCACGUCUUGUACUUUGACCAAUGUGUUAAUUAAGUUUUCUCUCCAGUAACUGGGUCAGCUAUGUGACAAGAUUGUCCACAAACUUCUGCAGUGUUAAAACAGGAAACUGUGAGGUCCUCAGCAGUUUCUUUCUUGUUGUUGUCAGGUCCCAGGAUGGUUUUAACAUGCUGCUGCGUCGUCACGGAGGCUCGAAGAGAAACUCACUGCUCCACUGGUGUCAGAGCCGAACACAAGGCUACAAGGUUGGCCUGGCUGUGUUGUAAUUUGUCUCUUAAGCUGUAUAUGGUGUGAGUGUGUGUGUUUUUUACAAUCAGGAUUAACUCCCAAAUAAGGGAGCUAGUUUUUGAAAAGCAGCUGAUGUUGUGAAAAUGGCAAGUGAAGGAAAGCCUGCAGAACCAGCACCUUUUAACUUUUUUUUUUCUGGUGGAUAUAUUGAACAGCUAAAAACAUCCAGCUAUUUGAAGAUACUCCUUGUAAACUGUCGUAACAGCAAACACAAUCUAGUUGUCUGAUUUUUUUAAUGGGAUUUUUUUCAAGUUAAGCAGAAGUGAAUACAAGAAAUAAAACAAUCUUCAUAUCAAUACAAUGUCUACAUAAAGACACAUUUUUUCAGUGACAUUUUAAUCAGCUGAGGAUGUUAAUUCUGGCAUUAUGAUUUCAUUAAAAUCACCUUACAAAACUUAAAUUGAUAGCUGCAGACUAAAGAUUAUUACCCAUUCAGAGCAGGUAGUUAAUUACACAGGGUCUCAAGAAAGGUACCAGACACAAACACCUUUAGACAGUCUGUUAAUCUGAUCUGUGAGUGUCCUUCAGUCAGAACGGGGUCACUUUGUAAAGAACGUGGAGUAAUUAAAUCGUCAGUAAUGUUGACAAAGUUUAUUAAAAAUGCUUUAUAGGUUUAAGAAAUCCUUUUAAGAUAAGUCAUCCACAUUAGCUGUCAUGGGUGUUGGUGAAACACUGACAUGAACUGGGAUGGCCUUAGUCAUCAGGGAUACUCAGCUAGCCCACAUUAACACACAAGUAGGUGUUCAAUAACAUUAGAUACUCCUAAUCAAAGGGCAGUAUUUCUAUUUUCAAACAUGUCUUAGAGUGAUUCUUUUGUUUUGCUGGUAACCUUUGGAAAGACGUCUUUUAUUUGUGUGUCACAGCAAACCACAACGGUUUGACUUGUUAAACAAGCUGCAAAAUUAAAUAUACCAGAAUUGAUGGUAACUGGCUUUAUUAAGAUAUGAAAUGUUGUUAUCGUGCUAUAAAUAAGCAAACUAUUCCGAAAGUUUCUAGCUGAGGUCACCACAUGCCCUUUCUCAAUUUUAUGACCUGCUUGCUUUGUGUUUUUUUAUUUUUUAUUUUUUUUCUUCAUGCAGAAUAUAGACAUCACCAACUUCAGCAGCAGCUGGGCCGAUGGUCUGGCCUUCUGUGCUGUGUACCACACCUACCUCCCCUCUCACAUCCCUUACAACACUCUGACGCCAGAGAAUAAGGUAAAAGAAACUGCACCUGAAACCUCUUUUAAACACGGGGCAAAACCAUCAGUUCAAUUUUCCUACAUUUUUAACAGAAGGAGAAUCUCAGUCUGGCAUUCAAGACAGGAGAAAGUGUUGGCAUUACACCAACUCUGGUAAGCCUUUUUGUCUUCCUUUACACAAAAACAACAAACCAUUUCACAGUGAAGCCUAAAUCUGUAUUUCUAUGUCAGGUGAAUUCAUGUUAAUGAACUUGUUUGUCUACAGACACCGAGGGAGAUGCUGCGAGCAGGUGGUCCUGACUGGCAAAGGGUGCUGAGCUAUGUGGAGAGCAUCUACCGUCACUUUGAGAUGUGACUGCUGGAGGUACAGACAGACGAUCAGCAGUGCAAUCCUCUGGACUCCUUAAUAAUGGACAUAGUAAAAGAUAUUGGAAAGUAAUUGUCCCUGAAAAUAUGCUAUUAAUAAUAAGAAGUUGGUGAACUUCACAAAAAAUAUUUCAAAUUGCCAUGAUGACUCAAAACCAAAAGAAAUAUUGACAGUUUAGUUUCAGUGUAAAAAGGUCUCUCUCCGUCUCUUCAAAUGCGUCUGUGUAAAUGUUUGCUAAAGCAAGAUAAGUGGGAGGGUUGUUAGCUGUUUGUGUAUUGAAUAUAUUUUUUAAAAAGCAUUUUAACUUGCUUUUUAACGUUUUAAAGGACACUGGAAAGACAGUUUUUAUCUCUGGCCCGAUCCCCACUCUCGGUCGUGGAGGGGAACGUUUUAGCAGGAUCCUCAGCCUCCAUACCUGGCUCCAAUCCACAUGCCCCACCCACAACUUCGGUUUUAUUGACAAUUUUAAUCUAUUUUGGGACCAAGCAUCACUUUUCAGCCAUGAUGGGAUCCACCCCAACAGGCGGGGUAGCCGAAUGCUCUCUUGCAACAUCCAGUAUAUGAUCCACUCCUCACCCGUCUGACACCCGUCUCCUCACCCUCCAGUCCGCAUCACAUCCUCACGUCCUCCCCGUCCUCCUGCCAGACUUUGUCCCCCCACCAAUCUCGUCCACAUCCCCCUGCUUCCUCGGCUACCCCGCCCUGCUUUUAACAGCAAACCUGCAAACUUUGGACUUCUAAACAUCAGAUCCCUCAACAACAAAACAUUUUUAUGCCAUGAUUUUAUUUCACAAAACAGUCUGGACUUUUUUAUUCUGACUGAAACCUGGCUGACUCCGGACAAUUGCAACACCAACUGAUAGAAUCAGUCAGUUUUUAAUACAAAAAGUUUUGGCCAGUAACAUUAAUAAUUAAUAUCAAUCAUUGACAGUUGUAGAAAUGUAUAACCUUUUGCAAAGUAUCCCUUAAAGGGAAUUGUACACAUUUAUAAUAGUUACCAGUGUUCCCUCUAUCUUACCUGUAUUACUCACAAACCUCCCCUCCCCAUCCACUACCUCAGAGAGACGUUCAUAAUUGACUGCGUUUGAGAUGAGGGUUGCAACUCCCUUUUUUUGACUAGUCCCAUCAGCUGACAAAAACACAAGUCUAAAUCCCAUCCUUUUCAGUUUGAGCUUGACUCAUAUGUGUCUCUUGAAGCAGAGUGAACUGUGCCCUCUCCCUUCUCAACUUAGUAUCUUAUUUCUUUUGAUACUAACUAACUCCUUCUGUCUUUGACUGCACCCAACGCCAUCCUCGCCUCGCGAUGACUUGAAUUGACUUAACUAAGUUUUAUACUCUUUCGGGGCAAAUAUUUAAUUUAUAUUGAGCGAGCUUUCCUUAAGCGGCUAUCCUCUCCUGACCCGGAACCCCUUAAAGGAAAUUGUAUGUGGAGGUAGAGUGAAUUAUCUGUCUACAGCCAGGCAUGUCCAAACUAUUCCGCAAAGGGGCCGGUGUGGCUGCAGGUUUUUCUUCCAACCAAUCAAGAGCAUGCAGUCUGACCAAUCAGCUGUCUGAAGACUGAGAUCAGCUGAUGAAAUAAAUCAAGUCUGGUGUGCUGCUGCUUGGUUGGAAGAAAAACCUGCAGGCACACUGGCCCCUUUGUGGAAUAGUUUGGACAUUCUGUCUUUCAAAAACCUGUGUGUGGCAUCUUUAAAUGUCACAUUAUUUUACUGCCAUUAACUUUUUACUUUUUUCUUGCUGUAUAUAUGCACUUUUGUCAGCACUUUUUUAUGUGAAAUUUGAUACUGUACUGAACAGAUGUUGCAAGAACUCAGAAGGAAUUUAGUAGCAAACCGGUAGACAAUAUGCAAAGUUCAAAGAACUGUUUCUGAACAGUGUGUGACAAAGAUCAAGACCUCAAGAUCAGUUUUCAUCACAAAUGUCCUCAGUGAUUCACACAUAAAUAAACCCUCAUACUUCCAGGGUGUUGAGAAACUGAACUAGUUUUGUCUGACAUGUUUUUAACCUGAGUUUAUUGCCAAAGUCUGAUGUGCCAAAUGGUUUUGUGGAGAUGCACUAUUUUAAGUGUUAAUUUGAAAAAAAUGUGUAAGAAAUAAACAGUAUUGUCCAAAAAAA